UUCAUCAAAUCGCAUCUGCAUCACGAGAAACGCGUAAAUUUGCUAACCCGUUUUUGUUAGUAUGACGGCAAUAAUACUACUAGUCUGCCGCUCCGUUCGCGAACUACUCGAUCUGUCGGAUGCAUUUUGGCAAAACGCCUUUAACAUUGACCGCAGUUUAACCUACUACCAUACGAAGCGUCGACUAGAAUUGUUUCGAUUUCAUUGCCGGGAGUUCUGGUUGCGUCAGUACAUAAAAAACGCGGAAAGCAUGCAUCGUAGGAGAGACGUGGAUUUUGCUGCCAUUGAGGCCGGCGCAGACUGUAACCAAAUUAUUGAAAACUUCGACGAUACAGCGCAGGAACUGCAUUUAAGGUUUCAGGAAGCGGAGCGUCAGCACCUUUGCCAGAUGGAUUAUUUGUCUGACAUCGAAAUUGUUGAUGGCAGGGAGUUCAAUGCCUCAUUUUACGAAUAUUCAGAUGCACUGCCAAAGUACAGCAACGAACAAAUUGGAAAACUAAGUGAAGGAGUUAGCUUCACCAUUACUGGCAAAAUAGCAAUUAACUGUGAGAGAUUCUCCAUAAACUUGGUGCACAACAAUGAGACGCGGGAUGUGGCACUUCACAUUAAUCCACGAUUGCCCCAAAAUUAUAUCGUCCGAAACACCAAAGUGGCCGAUAUAUGGGGCAGCGAGGAAGUUUCUUCAGCACUGCCUUUUUUACUACGCAGAGGCGAUAAUUUCGCCAUUCAAGUGCUCAUUACAGACGCUUGCUAUAUGAUAUCGGUGAACGGUAACCACUUUGCUGAGUAUGCUCAUCGAAUUCCAUAUAUUGCAGUUAAAAUUCUGGAGGUAAAAGGCGAUGUCGAAGAUGUGGAAAUGCAGCGAAUCAUAGUGGAAAACUAUCCUCAACGAUUGCCCGAAUCCCAGGCUAAGAACAUUGCACUCCACAUAGAGGACGGACUUGAUGAAAUUGAUGCCAACAUUGAGGAGGCUAUCAAUAUACCUCAUGAAUGGUGCCUUAUCAGUGCGCCAGUUACACAUUCAGACAGCCCAAAGAGUACACACAGCACAAACGAUCCAGGUCUUACAUUGCCAUAUUAUGGCUCCCUGCCAACGCAGUCAUUAGUUGAGGGUCGAUGCUUGAAGAUUGAAGGACGCGUGCGUCUUCUUCCACAUUCAUUCUACAUAAACUUGCAGCAGGGCCGAGACAUAUGGCCACAUCCUGUAAUAGCAUUCCAUUUAAACCCACGAUUCUCGAAGGCGAGCAGCGGUGCCAUCGGAAAAGCAGUCGUGUGUCGCAAUGCCUGGUACAAUGGUAGCUGGGCGGAAGAGGAACGUUCAGAGUUAGAUACAAAUUUCCGUCCCGGUCGAACUUUCAGUUUAGCCAUUGUAUGUGCUAAGGAAUCAUUUGAAGUCUAUGUCAACCGGCAGUUCAUAACAGAAUUUAAAUACAAAGUAAGCCCUGAGAUUGUUGACACAGUGUACAUACAAGGAGAUCUGAAGUUAUGGAACGUCACUCUGGAGCACAAUCCGAUGGUUAAAGGGAAGAAUGUGCGUAUCUAUCACAAUCCCAUGUACUAUGACGAAUACUAGCUAUGGAGAGCUGCAUCUUGAACCACUACGAGCAUGAAUUUUGUUUAUUCAUUUCUUUUGUCCAAGUUUUUGAGCGACAAUAAUAAAUUGCUAAGCUUGUUUUCUAUGAGUAAAAAAAUUGUGUAAUUAAAUAAAUAUUAUAAAAAAGAAA